AUGGCGCCGGCUCUGCAUGCCUCGGCGGCCAUGCUCGCGCGACGAAACCUCACCGGAGUCCCGAGCUCCACCAACUCGCUAGCAGUCGUGGCUAGCCGGCUCGUGGCCGCGCAGAAACAUCAGACGCGAGGAUAUGCUACGCCCGCGGGCCCGCCCCCCAAGAACUUCCGGACAAGCAGGCACACGGAGUGGCCGUGGGACAAGGAGACCACGUUGGAUCGGCUGGGCAAGUACUUCCUCUUGACCGAGAUGGCAAGAGGCAUGUACGUUUUGAUGGAGCAAUUCUUCCGACCCCCAUAUACCAUCUACUACCCCUUCGAGAAGGGUCCUAUCUCCCCCCGGUUCCGUGGUGAACAUGCUCUGAGGCGGUAUCCUUCGGGCGAAGAGCGCUGCAUCGCCUGCAAGCUCUGUGAGGCUAUCUGCCCGGCCCAGGCCAUUACGAUUGAGGCUGAAGAGCGUGCCGACGGAUCCCGGCGAACCACCCGCUACGAUAUUGACAUGACGAAGUGCAUCUACUGCGGUUUCUGCCAGGAAUCGUGUCCUGUCGAUGCCAUCGUGGAGAGCCCCAACGCCGAGUAUGCCACUGAAACGAGAGAAGAGUUGCUAUACAACAAGGGUGCGUUGAAUAACACGAUACACGCCAUGUCGUGUGGGUGGCUUACUGACGUUUCCCCCCUUUCUUUGAUAGAAAAACUAUUGUCCAACGGGGACAAGUGGGAGCCUGAGCUGGCGGCUGCCAUUCGGGCGGAUGCGCCAUAUCGAUAA